UUAAUUUUGGUAUUAUAUAUUAAUAUUAUAGAAUAUUUUUGGGAAGUUACACAGGAGUGUCACAUCUACAAAUUUUCGAUGCAUUUUUUCCUCUGAAUAAAUUAAAUUCAAAAUCAAUACUGAGAAAAAAAUGAAAUUCAAUCUUCAACAUGAAAGGCUGUAUAAGAAAUUAAUUAAAAGUUAAUGGGAAAAAUAAAUUUAGUGACUAACAUGGGCCAUAAGCAAUCCUCAGAUGAUAAGAGAUUUGAAACAAAUAGUUAACAGUGAGGAGCUAUCGUGGUCGUGCAGAGUAGACGUAAAAACGCAAUUUGUAAACGAAGGAUCUCGCGUUCGAAUUCUAAUCAUUUUCACUAAUUUUUCCGUCUCUUGCAGCUAGGUAUCUAAUUCUGCAGUAUCUACAAAAUAUCUCUUCAAUCGAUUGUUUUUGUUUCGUAUACUCUCUCAUUCUCUCUUUUUUAUCAAGAAUAUUACGUUUCUUCAAAUGAAUUCAACAGCAAUCAAUUCCUAAAAAUACGGAAGUACGCGAGUCAUUUAUAUCGUGUGACUAAUUUUUUAAUCUAAUGUUAAUACCAACAAUAUUUUACUAUCGAAACAGCAUUCACUCAUCCUUCGUGUUCCUUUAUAUCGUCGAAACCACCAGAAGCCGUAUCAUCCGGACUUCCGGUAAACUCUUCCCUUCACCCCCGUGACCACCCGUGACGAGAAGGUCUCGCGUCCGUUUCAGUCAUACUCCCUGCACUUCGUUUCUUCUCUUUCCGUCUCUAUUUUUCGAAGCUUAAUUAUAGAUACAACAUAUACAUAUGUUUACUUCAUCUCGAAUGCAAAAAGUGUAGGAGAGUGCAGCUGAGACGAACCCAUUUUUUGCCCGCGGCGUAUAUACGUCGCAAACUCGUUGCAACGAUCGAAUAUGACCAUUUGGACAAACUGAUAUCGCGGAAUGAAUGACAAACCGCGCUGAAAAUUGUCGUCGAUACCAGAAGGGGAACUUGUUCGGGACACGACCGAUUCUAAGCUAAAUCUCUAUCGUACCUCUAAGGAUGACGUCUUCUACCGCUGUCGGCCUUUGCCCGAGACGGCCAUUUUGAUCAUGGUUAUUACCAGAAGACAACGUGCGAACCGUGUUUAUCUGAUAAUUGACAGCCCUUUAAUGGCCAUUGUCUCGUCUCCUCUGAGGAUAACAUAUAUAUGUACAGUCAUAAUAAUUUUUAAUUAAUGAUUUUAUCAUCGGUGAACUCACCGGAUGAACAUGGGACCUUAUCUUUAUUUUCAUAUUCACUAAAGAUGACUCAAACUUGAGUCGAAAGUCUGUAUUAUAUAUUAAAGUUUGUAAUAAAGAAUGUUAAUUGCGCACUGUGAACAGCGCUGAUGCUCAUUUGCCUUAAGUUUCACAUUAUAUUUAAUACCGAGAAUCACUUCAUUAAUAAUUAUUAACAUUAAAAAAAUAUUAAAGCUCAAAAAACUCGUUAAAUUGAAGAUUACGCUAAAAAGUAAGACGUAGCGAAAAAUAACUGUAUAUAAAAUUUCGCAUUCCUUGUCUUCCUUCGUUGUCUUGACAACGUCGCGAUCGAAUCGGUUUAUCAGCAAGCGACUUUGUAGUAUACUUCUUUUCUCUUUCCUUAACCCAUUUCCUCGGCUUCAGUUUCUUUUCCUUUUCCUCAAAUUCAAUUCUCGUCAGCAUGGCCAAAUUCGUGAAUAUCUACGAGAAACCUGUGCCUCAUAUUGGUCUGCCGGACUGGUACAUCAAGCUAUGGGAGCUUCGACAAAGCGCGGAGAUCAAAAGAUCUGAGGCUUGUCAGCUACGUAAUUCGAGCAAGACCGUCCGUUCUGACGGGGAUGUGAAAACGAAAUGGGAUACGUAUAUGAAUGAUGGUCGAUUGGCAGACAGAGUGUUGGAAUUAUCGAGAUGGAAGGACAUACUCGAGGACUUGUUGCAAAAACUGCUAAUCGAAAUAGGUCUAUUGAACGACGAGAAAGACAACACGGAGAAGGAGAUUGAAAGAAUAUCUCAGCCUCUGCGUAUUGCCAAUGAAUGCAUUUCGAUGAGAGAUUGUCGUAGAAGACCCGAGCUCACAUAUGACGAGGCCGAUACCGAACUGAAAAAAGAACUCUGCAUGAUUGCAAAUAUUCAGGAAGCAUUGACUAAACGAGCACAGGCCGCAUGGGAAAAAUUGAAUUGUUUGGAAACUCUCAAAUUUAAGCUAAGCUUGGACAUAGAGGACAAAACUGAAAGCAUUCGAAUAGAUAAGGAUAAUCUCGAAUUGAAUCCUACUUCUGCAAAUAUGAGUUACAAAACAAAAACGAUCAUUGAGAAAACGAGUCCAAUCACGUACGAGGUUUGGUUGGAGCAAUGUCGCUGUUCCAAGCUGACGACCGAGAACGAAUUGAAUGAAAGUUAUAAUUUUCGUGAAGAUAUGCGCAUAAUGAGAGAAUGUGCGUGGAACGAUAUCAAAGCUCAACAAGACGCGACUGAUUACACUUUGAGAAAGAGAAUUUAUCAAACGCAAAAAGCCAGAAAUGAGAUGGAGUGGCAAAAACUCAAAUUACAAAAGGAAAUAGAAAAGUUGGGAAAUGAGAUAAACCAGUUGGAAGGAACACUAAAAAGUAAAAUGAAUGUGGUGAAAUGCGUCGAGACACGAUUGGAAAAUCGCAUUUAUCGACCUGGCUCCGAGUUGUGUAAGGACACAGUUGAAUCAGGCUUGAAGAAUGAAGUCCUGCAAUUAAAACAGACCGAGGAAGACCUGAUUAAAAUGAUUGAGCAUGCAAAAUCAACCUACAACAGUCUGGAAUCUUUGUUGAUAUGUACCGAUAAAAACCUAGAAGACAAACAGCAUUCCUUGAACACUGAUGUUAUGUGCUUGGACAUGAGAGCACCGCUGAAGACAGGAGACAGAUUGCGUUUAUCCAAUGAGACAGAUCGUAAUAUUGUAUUGACACAUAUGGAGAAAGAGAUCCCGCUGGAAUCUUAACUUAAACAUCCCAUUUACAUUUGUUUUUAUCUAUUUGAAUUUGUAAAAUAUAAUUUUGUAGCUAUUGCUAUUAAAAAAAAGCUUAUCAAUUCUUUAUCCUUACAUCCUUAUUUGUAUCAUAUGACGAAACAAAAAUAUACUUAAAUAAUUUAAUGAAUAUUAUAUUCAUAAUGAAAAUAUAA